AUGGUGGUAAUUCUAAUGCUUACUCGGCCUUUUUUGCGAGGAGCAGUUUUCCCUCUAUUUCGCUCGAGCAGUCGGUCUGCAUCUGUGCCUGCUGUAUUGCACAUUGAUGCACGAUGUUUUUCCGAAAACGUGACCGAUAAGCCGAAAAUCCAAAACUGUCGAGCUGCUGUUUUGCUCCUUCAUCAUGGUCAGCCCCGAACACCUUAUUACGCGAAACAGUUUUUAGCCUCCCGUGCUAGUCACUUCUACAAGGUUCCAUUACCAGUCGCAUCGACUCUUAUCAAUAUCUUCUGGCCGUUAUUCCAGAAAGUUCAUUUUUGCAUAGCCGAUUACGAAAAGUUGCCACUUCUCAACACUCAUGUCGACAAUUUGAUGGCUUCUUUAAAAGAAGCUUUAGCAGAACUUGUUCCUGAAUUUGGGUUUAUUCGGUGUUCAUCUGCGUUUCAAUAUGAUCAGCCAGUUUUAACAAGAAAAAUUAAACAAUUUGUGAACGAAGGAAUAAAUCGAGUGGUUUUGCUUCCGUUAUAUCCACAUUACUCAUGUUUCCAAACUGGAACUAUGCUGAAUGCUGCUGUUGGUGCUGCUUUUGGUGAUGCUAGCAUAGUAGAUAACUUUUUAACAAAAUGGAAAAAUGUAGAACGUAGCGUUUCUGAUGAUAUUUUGAAAGUGACAGCAGUCUACCGAUGGAAUACUCAUCCUGUUUUGAUCAGUUAUUGGCAUCAAUUAAUUGAAGACAAAAUGAAUGAUCACGACAGCAUUUUAUUUGUUGCUCCACAGAUGCGUUCUCUGAUAUGGCGGAUUUGUAGCACGGCUAUGGCUCAAGAGACUAUAAACGAGAGUUGCGAACGUGUUAUGGAAAGCUUAGGUAACACACACCUCUGGCGAGUUGCUUGGUAUAGCAGUUGGGAUCAGUGGCCGAUAGUCAGUUCAGAGACCAUAAGUUCGCAAAUAUGUUUGCUCAGAAAAGAUAAAAGGGAGCGAACUUUGGUUGUCCCAGUUACUUCCAUCAUCCCCUGUUUCGACACUGAAAUAAUAUUGCCCAAUAAGCUUGUAAACAAGGGCGUCGAUUUCGUUUCUCCGUCUGCUACCUCCUCAAUUCUAAGCCAUGGAUUUGCUGAAAUGGUGAAAAACCAGUUGUUAGGUGGAGCAGUUGACGCUCGAGUUUGCAACAGGUGUACCUUCUGCGUGAGCCCACAGUGCGGAUAUACAAAAUACGUCCUCACGAAGGAUAAGGACGUUGGACUUGUGAAGAGCAAAUAA